AGAAGAUAAGCAAAGCAAGGCAACCGUUGUCGUUGUCUCUGUUCCUCCGCUUCCUGCUCUCUUGGCUUGCUGCUUGCCCUCGGAGCAGUGCCUUCCGCCGCCGCCGCCGCCGCCUGUUGUGAGAAGGAGAGGCCGGGGCUGGGAGGAGAUGAGCGUGACCAAGUUCAUCAAGUGCGUCACGGUGGGGGACGGCGCGGUGGGCAAGACCUGCAUGCUCAUCUGCUACACCAGCAACAAGUUCCCCACGGAUUACAUCCCCACGGUGUUCGACAACUUCAGCGCCAACGUCUCCGUGGACGGCAGCAUCGUCAACCUGGGCCUCUGGGACACUGCAGGACAAGAGGACUACAGCAGAUUGCGGCCACUGAGCUACAGGGGCGCGGACGUGUUCGUGCUGGCCUUCUCCUUGAUCAGCAGGGCGAGCUAUGAGAACGUCCUUAAGAAGUGGGUGCCAGAGCUUCGCAGAUUCGCGCCCGACGUCCCGGUCGUUCUUGUCGGGACCAAGUUAGAUCUCCGUGACCACAGGGCCUACCUUGCUGACCAUCCUGGAGCGUCGACGAUCACGACGGCACAGGGCGAAGAACUGAGGAGGCAGAUCGGCGCUGCGGCUUACAUCGAGUGCAGUUCCAAAACGCAGCAGAAUGUCAAGUCGGUCUUCGACACAGCCAUCAAAGUGGUCCUUCAGCCCCCGCGGAGGAGGGAGGCGACGCCUGCCAGGAGGAAGAACAGGCGUGGCUCCGGGUGCUCUAUCAUGAACCUCAUGUGUGGCAGCACGUGCGCUGCUUAGGAGUCUAGAACACUGAUCUGGAAGGAGGUGAAGGUGAAGGCAUGGUGUCUAUGUGCUAUGGCGACUGGCAAGUUAAUGGGGCCGCAUGGAUGACUGCUGCUCUUGUUUUUUUAAGCUCGUCUGCCGUAUGCUUUGUUUUUUUAGGCUUCAAGGACUGACAAUUGCAAGAAUGCAGUGUUUAUGUAAGAGGUUGUUUGCUGGAAUAGGAUUGCUGU